AUUCUAUGUCUCUCAGUUCUCCGCCAGGAAAUCAAAGUCCAAAAGACUUCGACAAGUUAUACGAGGGUAAUAUUCCAAGCGAAGUAGCAGAUCUUCCAGAAAAUCUACAGAAUCUCAUUAUGGGGAAAGUGACUCUGGCAAAAACAACGCUGCGGAGUAGGAAAAUUGUCAUAUACAUUUGUGCGGCAGAUUCUCAAGGUAACUCAUAG